CCGAGCGUCUCAGCGGCUGCGCUGCUUCCUCAGCCCAAGGACUUACAGCCGCCUGCGCGGCCUUCCUGUGCCAACGACCCCUCAAAAGUUGUGAUGCUUUUCUUCACCCAGUGCUUUGGGGCUGUGUUAGAUCUGAUUCACCUGCGCUUUCAGCACUACAAGGCUAAACGCGUUUUCUCCGCCGCUGGGCAACUUGUCUGCGUCGUAAACCCCACGCACAGCCUAAAGUGUGUGUCCAGCCGCCGGGCCGUCACUCAGAGCGCGCCAGAGCAAGGCAGCCGCCCCCAUCACCACCUCACCCACCACCACCGUCAGCACCGCCCCCACCACCACCUGCGCCACCAUGCGCACCCGCGCCACCUGCACCACCAGGAGGCAGAGCUGCACGCCGCCCAGGUGACCCCCUGCCUGUGCCCCUUGUUCUCCUGCCAAUGGGAAGGCCACCUGGAGGUGGUGGUGCCCCACCUGCGCCAAACACACAGGGUUGACAUCCUUCAGGGAGCCGAGAUAGUCUUCCUGGCCACGGACAUGCACCUCCCCGCCCCGGCUGAUUGGAUCAUCAUGCACUCCUGCCUCGGCCACCACUUUCUGCUGGUGCUUAGGAAACAGGAGAGGCAUGAAGGGCACCCCCAGUUCUUUGCCACCAUGAUGCUGAUUGGGACCCCCACCCAGGCCGACUGCUUCACCUACCGCCUGGAGCUGAACAGAAACCAUCGGCGCCUCAAAUGGGAGGCCACCCCCCGUUCUGUCCUUGAGUGUGUGGACUCGGUGAUCACUGACGGGGACUGCCUCGUCCUCAACACCUCGCUGGCCCAGCUCUUCUCCGACAAUGGCAGCCUUGCCAUCGGAAUCGCUAUCACAGCAACGGAGGUCUGCUCCUCAGAAGCUGAGAUGUGAAGCAAGAAGCCACCGGACGUUCACACGCAGCCAUGCCUCCACCAAGACACUCUGCCUGUGCCCCUAGGAUCUCCACAUGCCAGGACUCCAGGCCCCUUUUUAUUCUUCUCCUUCCUUCCUUCCCUCCCUCAUUCCUUCUCUCCUUUCUUUUUUCGUCUCAGGUACUUAGAGGUAUUUAGUAUUUGUCUACCAUGGGCAUAAUAUUAUAUUAUGUAAGCAUCCUGUGAUUCAAGGUCUUGGUGUGAUGUUUGUCCUGAUUAGUUGGUAUAGUUUUACAGAACGUUUUCAAUCCAAUUCAAUCAGAAUGGUUAUUCCCCACUACCCCCAAUUCCCUUCUCCAUGGCUUCCAAAACGAACAAAAGUCACUGAGACCAUGAAGCAGACUGUUGGGGUUGAAAGGAGAGUUAGUGUCCAAACCGUUUCUUCUUUCUCUUUUCAGCCCAUUUCAGGGCAAGCUAACUGUGAAGGGUGUGAGAAUGGCAGGUUGGGGAGGGGGCCCUGGCCAGCUCAGAGAUAGAUUUCAGACCAAACAGACACAACUCUGGCACCUUCCCAGGAACCUCAGGGUCAGAGCUGAGCUGCUGGAUGUGAGGAGUUGGCGCCUCCUCUGAAAGCCGGGGCACCGGGCUGGAGGCACCACUAUGCUGAGUCCUGUGGAUCGAGCCCAGGGCUCAGGGGUGGCAGCUGUUGAACCUUCUAUGGCAGCCUGCCGCGGGCUUGUUCUCAGCCUGUGCCAUCUUUUCUGGCUCUACAAUCAAAGUCCUCAAGUUUUUGGUGCUUUCAUGAAAAUGACUUUGCCCUCCCUUGAACAGGUAGUAAAAAGGGAUGGGCAAGGUGUGGGAAAGAGAAACAGCUGAAAAACAAAGGAUGCCAUUACUCUACUCGCCUCCCUCUGGGAGGGCACUUGCUCCUCAGAGAGUUUUAUUAUCGUGUUAUAAAUCCAUCAGUCCUCUCAUUAGUGUGGAGCACUGUUGUACCAUGCAAAGAACCCACUGUGCUCUUGAUACCUCAUCAACCAGGACCACAGCUCACCGUCAAACACAAGCAACGUGGGGACUGUGCCCAGGGCCUCUGACCUGGAGAGCUGGCCCAGUCCCUCGUACACCUGGGAGGGUCCUCUUUCCGUUCCUCAGUUUCUGAAAUGCUCAGAGGGCCCCAUUUAGCACACAGACAUUCUCACUGGUAAAGUAUGUAUUCGGCACCCGUCGGAAGCUGAAUGAAAGUCCACACUGCCUCUGUGCAGAUAACUUUCUCUUUGCUUGUCAGAACAAUUCAUAAACAUCUACUUGUGGACGUCUAUUGCAUAUUUGAAGAUAGGCUUGUUGAGUCAACCUUGUCUCCUCUGUCCAAGGGUGAAGACCUGUAGGCCUUCCCAGUAGGCCCUCUUCUGCUUCCUUGUCAUUUUUGUUCUCCCCUAGGCCACUCUCCAGUCACUGCAGAGACAAGGCGCCCAAACCCCACACAACACUCAUUAGAACUGAGUGGGCCUUUUGCCAACCUAAUGUUUCUCUCUGCCUCAUUUCUUCACCCCGUCCACCUCUGCUGGGUCCUGGCAGGCCUCCCAGUGAGUACUUAGUUUCAGGCAGUUUGCCCUGACUGCCCAUCAGCAACCUUUUCCCCACCAAAAACGAUCGAUCCUAAAACACAACACGCUUCUCUAAUGGCCAGGUAACCUCUAGCCUCCCGGGCUGCCCACCCACAGCUCCAGCACCAGCAGGGUGGUGCCACUCGACAGGAGAUCUAAUAAUGGAGCUCCCUCUGGUCACAUGGUAAUGGCUGCAUCCCUCGGGCUCAGGCUUCCUUCUGUUAGAGCUCUAGGGAGCCAGUAAAUAUUGUCACUGAUGGAGCAAACAUCAGGCCAGCAGUCCCAAGGAAAAGGCUGUCACCUCCUUUCCCUUAGCACUGUCAGAACACUCUACCCGGGCACCGGCUGCCCCCCGCCAACCACACGGAUGGUCAGGAGCGAGCUGAGGCUGUUGAGUCUCUUGGUUCCUCCGUUUGUCCCCAGGCCCUUCGCUAGCACCUAAGACCUCCUUGGCUGCGAGUUGCUAUGUCUGGGAUCCACAGUUCCUCCCCUGGUUUCUGGUACCCAACCACCAUGCUAACAUGUGUGUAGCAUCACAGGUGCCCCAGAUAAACAAACAAAACCUCAGUAGGAAUGUGACUAGUGUUCACACGCCUUAGGACUCCUACAAACACCACCUCGGCCUUCCUGUUGUGCCAAGUUCCCUGAGCCAAACCAGGAAUAAAGUAAGGUUAUUGUUAUUGCACACUGUAUUGUGAAUAUGUGAUCCCAGACAGGAACUAUGUUUAGUUCUUACAAACCAAAUUUAGAACAAAGGGUAGAAAUGUGUUAUUUUUGUCCAUCUAUGGUGCUGCCAAGAAGGCCUUUCUCUCCAUAUCCAUAUGUGAAGAAUUGAAGAAAAAAGAGCCAACCAAAAACAAUGAGUAGGAAUAGAGAAUGGUACCAACAAAGCACGUUGGCACCAUUCUUUAUAGUCACAAAGGGCCCCUUCAUUUGAGUCUCAGGUUAAUCUCUAUCAGAAUCUUCAAUUUCCUAAAAAAAAAAAAAAUAGAGGUUCAGAGACAUGAAAUGAUCUUCUUGAAGUCACACAUCAUGGGGUUGGAACCACAACUAGAACUUGAUAAAUUGACUGCAAACUUGGUGUUCUUGCAAUAGGAAGACUGACUCAAAAUAUUCAGCAACGUCCCCACCUCAUUGGUGGCCUGUGGGCCUGAGGGUCAGCUGGGUCUUGGUCCCAGGAUACUUGGGGCAACAGGAAGAGAGAUCUGCUUCAAGAGGCACCUCAGCCUGAAGAACUGGCCAGUCUCUCAGCAGGGGACAUGUGGAGCCCUCAGGCCCGUUUCUUGGUCCAUCACCCACUCCUGGCUCAUGCUGAGAUUCCCAGGAGUUAUCCUGUGCAGAGCCCUGGGACCUGGUUGCCUUGUUCCCACCCAGGUGUUGAUUUAAUGACAUCCUCUAAAUACCUGCAUUUAAAAAGCAGGCCUAGAGAGACAGUAGCACUUAAUAGCAAAAACUAAGAUACCAGUAUUUGAACUUCGGGUAUCUGUAAAAAUGAUUUUUUCAGGAGGUAUGGAGAGGACAUUUCUGCCCCUCAGGCUGACUACAUAAAUGGUUGAUGCAGAAGUAAAGGUCAGAUCAUACAAAGAAGGUUGUCUUCAAGAAUCAGACUCUGUGUGAUCUUACAUCUGAGAUAGAUCCCAUCAUUACCUGCGGUUACUGUGGACAUUUUAGAAAUAGAUCAGGUUCAUAAAAAUAAUAGUAGUACUCACAGUUACCAUUUGUUGAGGGUUUACUAUGUGACCCAGUAGUCUAACGAUUUAGUGUAUAGUACCUCAUUGAAUUCCCAUAGCAAACGUAUAAAGCAACUACAUCAUUGUACCCAUGAGACACUUGAGCUAAGAGAGGUUAGACACUUGUUUAAGGUCACACAGCUAGCACACGGUAGAGCUGGGCCUGAAACCCAGCACGUCUAGCUACGAAGUCCAGGCUUCUGACCAAUAUCAACCAUGUCAUUUCAAUGAACCCGUGGACCCGAGGCUUAGAAGGACCAGUCAGAAAGUCUGAAUGGCACAGAGGCCUUCAGUAUGUUAGUACUAAAUGUGCUCUUUCAUUUCUCCCUUUUCUCCCUCUUUCCCUAGCCCAAGACAGAGUGCUGUGCUAGAGGUGGCUUGUAGACCAGUUGUUAAAAUUUUUUUAGGAAUUUUGUGAGCCAGUUGUUAAGCACAGCCAUGAUUAGAAAUUAAAUUAUAUAAAUUUACAAUUAUUUAUAUUAAAACACAAAGGUAAUAAAUACUCAAAACUCAUCCCUUCCUAAUUAUUUCACUACUUUUUUAUUUUCUGCACUCUACAGGUUGUUUCCAUCUAUCAUAUCUGCAUGGUGAACAUACUAUAGAAUGAUGUCCUACAGCCUAUCUCCCAAGUCCACGUUUAGUGAGAUAGCUUGAAAUUGGCCAUGAUGGUAGUAUUUAUAGCAACAUGGUAGUUUAUAGCAUAAACUAGGGCUUUUCCCCUCAGAGAGCUGAUUGUUAAAGCAUGACCAGCACAUCACUAUCUAGACACUUUGGAUUCAUACAGCUGGGUGGAAACUUUAGAAGGGUGACUUUCAUAGAGCAUGACUUCCCAAAACCGGCCAGCCCAAUCCAAAAAGGAAAACCAAGCUCUCCCAAACUAGAAUCUCCUGUUACUUGUUCUUAUAGGUCAUCUUUCUUAUUUCUACAUGUAGACAAAAACCCAAUCUGAAAAGGUAUUUUACUUUGAAAUUAGAGAUUGGAAAUAUGCAACAUCUGAGAAGGGCACAGUGAGCAGUGGUUUGAAACAUCACUUCAAAUGUGUGACCACAGAAGUAGGACUCGUCCAUAGCCCAAAGCUGAGAGACAGGGAAAGGGAAUAAGUCAAGAGAUGCGUCACCUAAAGGACAGAGCCCAGCGCCUUACCCUCCUACUCUGGCUAUUACACUUCAUUGCAACCCAACAAGGACCCUGUUCUUUGUCCAGAGCCUACCCAGAGCAAUACUCUUUCUAAAUUAAGGGCACGGUUCCUGCUAGGAUAAAAACCACAGGAAGCUGCAGGCUAAGUGCCUUGAAGCAGGCAGAAACUCCAAGGUCAACAGUGAAUCAGUGACUCUGAUCCCAGUGGUUUCAAUGAAAGGUAUGGACGAGGUGAGGCUUGCUGUAGCUUCCACUUGGGUCCAAUUUCUGGUGGAAGGGGAAGGGACUGUGGACUGGACAUCCAAGAAUUAUUCUCUGGUUCAAGUUCAGCUACAAAUAGCAUCAAAGGAAGAGCAGGGUCUUCUAGUAGAUUGUUAGACCUUCAGAUGAUUUGUUCAGAAAAUUUCCUUCAAGAACUGGUGCAUUGUCAGUUGUGUUAACCUGGAGAAGGGUCAGCCAAGAAAAACUUCUCUGACGAGAGAUGCAAGAGGACUGUUGUAGAUAAGCAUUGAUUUCCCCCCCCCCAAAAUCAGGUUAUCACAUAUGUUACCUACACGGGUUAGCGUUUGUCUUUUCCAAUAUGUAUGAAAAUACUUUACCUUGAGUGGUAUACUAUAAACAUUCCCCUCCCCUCCUUUUUUUUUUACCUUUUUUCUAGAGGUAUGGAGAUAAGAAUGAGAAAGGUAAUCGAGGAUCAUUCUACUUGAUGUAAACUGAUGUAUGUACAAUUUUCUAGGCUUUCUGAUGAUGCUAAAGACAAGAAGCAGCAGCAAACUGAGAGUGCAACUCUAUCUCUACCCUGUCUCCCAUGAAAAAAUGUCAUUAAAUUGCAUUUGAUAUUGUU